GACGGCCAGACAGAGGCAGAAGCCAGAGACAGAGCCAGCGGAAGCAUCACAGAACAUCCACCUGAAGGCCAGAAGAUGCCCAUCUGCACCGUGAUGGAGAAGAGGAAUGGAGUGCUGCUGGGAGCUGAGCUGAGCUGCAGCGUCCGGGAGGAGAAUAAAGCUCAGAGGGAGAGCUACAGCGCCGACUGGCACAGCGUCAGCCUCAAGACCCAACCUCAGGACAGACAGACCAUGAGCAUGAAGGACCAGUCUCGCCGGGAGACCCUGACCCGGCAGUGGCAGGCCCGGCCCCUGGUCCAGUCCUGCCCCUCUGGAGUCUUCCGGGUGGGCACCGUGGAGAGAGGGGUGAGGGAGCACCAGCUGCUGCCCAAGAGGAACACCCUCCCUCUGCCCAUCUUCGUCCCUGCCGAGCUGGGCGUCCGGCUGGGCCGCGGAGCCCCCCACACCGAGGAGGACCUCCAGCCUUUCCCCACUCCGGACGGCGUCUGCCCCAGCAAGAGGACCGUGGACGAGAUCACCAGGGACCUGCCGCCAGUCAAACCUGUCCUCAUGGAGUUCGCCAAAGCGCCCAAAGCCCUCGGUCGCUCCAUGUCUCAGGAGGCCCAGAGGGGGUGAAAAGGCACAAGAAUUACAGAAGAAGAAGAAGAAGAGGGGAAGUUAGAGGGAGAGGAUGACAGAUGGGAAGGAAAGAUCACAGAUGUAUAUAGAAACAGUUGGAGCUCUGAAUCACUUUUUUGUAUCAGAAAUGGUUGUUUGAAGGCCGUCUGACACUCUGGUGCACCAUUUUUUUGUGCAAAAUGUCCUCGUAAGGUAGAUGAAAGUGUCCUAAAAUGUGCUGACAGAUGGUGAAUGAUUGCCGAGUGUAGCUAAGGAUGGAAAGAGGAAGGUGAAAGGUGAAAGCUGAGGGGUCGACGGGGUCAGAAACAUCUCCAGAAACUCCUGCCAGUCUGGAUCGGUGUGGAGAGAACAGAAUGCUCUGGCAGGAUCACUGCAGCUGUACAUAAAACAUGAGCUCCAAUCAGACAAGGACUCGUAGGAAAACCAAUAAGCUGAUUGUUUACUGUAAUAACUGAUCUGCUGGCAUUUAUAUCACAUAGAGGAGACGAUGCUGUAGCAGCCGAGAGAAUGUAAAUGAAUUUAAAUCGUGUGCAUUGAUGCUGAAAUGUUUUGUUGUUGUUGUCCUAGAUAUUUAUUAUUUUUACUAAUAAAAAUUGAACUUGUUGAA